CAGCAUCUUUUAUUUUGUUGAGCCCUCUACUUCAUUUAAAAUAUUUUUGUGGUUGCAUUUUAGUGUUUUGUCUGCUGUAACUCAAAGAUGCUCUUUGGUUUCACUGCACAUCUUUCCCAUUUUCUUAGCAAAAUAUAAAUAAAUUAGGGGUGGCAAAAGACUUUUGCACUGUACUAUUUAAAUCUAUUUGUGCCUUACUGUAUGUUUAGUAAGGUAAAAUAUUUCAGGUAAAUAUGUGUGUACAUUUUCAGUUUCACCUCUUUCCACUUAGCAGAACAAAGUAUUUGUAGUUGUUUAAGUGGGAGAUCUGAAUGUUAUAUUUUCAGUCUUUGUAGUAGAGACAGUGGGAGUAAUAAAUGGUUUCACGACUGAGUGAAAUGAAAGCCCAUCAGUUUGUUGGAAGAAAAUGCCGUAAUCUCUUCAAACAUAAUGACAAUCACUUACACAGAAGUUAGGGACAUGUGUUUUCUCAGUGCAGGCUGAGUUGUGAGGCCCUGCCUGCCCUUCAGGAGAGGAGUUUGAUCCCUCGCAGAGCUAUUUGGACCUCUGCAUUGUUGAACCCUGGUGUUGAAUGUGAGCUAAAUCCUUUGGCCAGAGGAAUAGGGGCUUUAUUACAACCUUUAAACAAAUCUCUGUAAGGAGAUACCUGUGUGUUUAGAGAAGGAAUGAUUAUCUCCAAAUACUGACAAGAAUCUUGCAUGAGAUUUAAUGCAGGUUUCUAUUAACCACCCUACCAUCUGGUCUUGUUCUCCUGGUGAUUUAAUAGGACUGUAUAACUGAAAUUCAAUGCUGGUACGGGUUAAACUGUACUUCUCAGGAAGCAGCUGCAGAGGAGAUGCAGGAAUUUGUUACCAUAUGUUUAUUUCAGAAUUUAAUCUGUUUAAUGUUUAAUCUGUUUUUCCAGAGUCACAAUUUGAUGGAUAGUCUAUCUCGUGUUUCUUCGAACAGUAUAAAAAACAUCUAAUACAUCCAUGUUAGGAGAUUUUUAUUUUUGUUAUUUUAUCCCUGGUACUAGCUAUUAUUUUCAGUUAAGACUUACAUUCUGAUGAUUUUCUUAAUCAAUUCCUUGGUCUGUAGUGAUUUAGAGGCCAAUAUGUUGCCUUCAAAUUGCCCUUUGAUCACGAGUCCAAAUCAUAAAUACAUUAUUUAAAUGCUGCUUUCUUUCCCGCUAGCAAUCCACUGUUUUAGUAAAUGUGAAAAAAGUUCAUAAGCAAAAAAAAACAGCAAAUGAAAUCUGAGAGUGGUUGAUAUUUUUCCUAAAAUAUUAACCCUUACCUUGUUCUUCUAUCUCAGUCAGACUCAUCUUGUAGCUGUAAAGUGUAAGCUAAGAUGGCGAUGGUGAAAGUGGUCAGCUUGAGGCAGCGGGUGAUGUCCUGGUGGUCAAGCAACAAAACUACUGUAGUAUUUCCAGAACCCUUUCUUUAAGUUUUUCAUCUAGCAAUUCAUUUUCACUGCUGCUGGCAUAUGACGUAAUAAACACAGAGCAAUAUGACGUUUAACUGAAUGAAUUGGUAGCAUAGAUCUGUUCACAAUUUCCACUUUAGAUUUUUGAGUCAGGAUCAAACAAAUAUCUGGCCCAAGCUAUCCGGGAUAGCCAAAAUAUUGGUACUUUUGAAUGGCACAAAAAAAAAUUGGGGGCUUUGCGUUGUGGAGAAGUAAUGAUCAUGCCACUGAAGCUUCUUUUUUAGUUAAGAGUGGAAUUUUUGAGGACAGACUAAUGCAAACAAAUUUACAAGCCAAAUUCGGACAUUGCUUUAAAAACUCCAGAGUCCGGUAGGAUCUCUUUAAGGCUGUACUGCUUUAAAUGUAAUACUGAAGACAGCAUGACAUCACCAUUUUAAUUUAGCAGUUUCCAUAUGUAAAGUCAGUGGAAGUGUUUUGAAUUUUAUCCAAACUACGCAAUUUAUGUCGUUUGUCUGACCUGCAUACUACGAGUAUGUUUCUAGCAGAGGGUCUUGUCCUGUGAUCCAAGCAGAUCUGUGAUUCUUUGCUGCUUUGCUAAGAAAUUUUUUAGGUAUUAGGAGAGGAAGCUGUGUUUUGGUCUGCUGCUGUGCUCCAGGUUUGGAGGAGGCCCAGGCUCAGCUGGCUUUUCUCUCAAAGACUGACUGACCACAGAGACAUACCAGUGUGGAGGGGGGGUGGUUACACUCUCCCCACAGCGUCAGCCCACUGCAUGUUAGGUGUUUCCCCCCCCACCCUUCUCUGAAAAUGGACACUGCUGGUGUAUUUAUAAACCCCAACCUCAGCCAGGCUCUCUGUCUUAAACACAGUUAAGGAGCUGUUCGUAUUCAGAGUCAUGCUGAGCUUUGCUGUCGUGCUUUCUAGACGUUGAAUUCUGUCGCUUUGCUUGUGAAACGUUGCCUGGAGGCUCAUCAGAUGAAAACAGAGUUUUGAGAUCGACCAUUGGAAAAAGAGAGACCCUAAAAGAGGAGAAAUGGAAAAGCCAGUGUUGCAGACACAGCCUUCCACCUUGCCUUUUUUCGACACGGCCCACGCCUUCAACCUGCUUCGAGGAAUUCACGAACUGCGUGCCGAACGAAAGUUUUUCGAUGUGACUUUAUGUGCCGAGGGGCGUGAGUUCCACUGUCAUCGCACGGUGUUGGCCGCUGCCAGCACCUACUUCCGGGCUAUGUUUGCAGGGACACUCAGGGAGAGUGUUAUGGACCGGGUUGUUUUACACGAGGUGUCAGGUGAGCUCUUAGGUCUGCUGGUGGACUUCUGUUACACAGGACGGAUCACCGUCACUCAGGAUAACGUGGACCUGCUUCUGAAGACGGCCGAUCUGUUUCAGUUCCCCUCAGUCAAAGAGGCAUGUUGUGCUUUUCUGGAGCAGCGGUUGGAUGUUUCCAACUGUUUAGAGAUCCAGGACUUUGCAGAGGCCUAUGCUUGCAAAGAGCUGGCAGCCAGCGCACGGCGUUUUGUCCUCAAAAACAUAAUGGAGCUAGCUAAAGGGACAGACUUUGAACGCUUGCCAUGGAAACGCCUCCUUGAGUUUGUGUCGGAUGAUGAGCUUUGUGUGGACAAGGAGGAGACAGUUUAUCAAAUUGCAGUGCGUUGGGUGAAGGCUGAUCUCCAGCGACGACUACACUAUUGGCCCGAGCUCCUCCAGCAAGUCCGACUCCCCUUUGUCAGGAGGUUCUUCCUGUUGGCCCAUGUGGAGAGCGACCCACUUGUCUACCUUUCACCCACCUGUCUCCGUAUGGUGAAUGAAGCGCGUAGCUUCCAGUCCUGUGAAUACGACCGUCACGACAGACCUUGUCAUCGCAUGCGGCCUCGGCCGUCCACGGGAUUGGCAGAAAUCCUGGUGGUGGUAGGAGGCUGCGACCAGGACUGUGAUGAGCUGGUCACAGUGGACUGUUACAACCCUCAUACUGGACAGUGGCGCUACUUGGCUGAAUUCCCCGACCACCUGGGAGGAGGCUACAGCAUAGCAGCACUCGGAAAUGAUAUGUAUGUUACAGGUGGCUCUGAUGGCUCCCGCCUCUAUGACGGUGUGUGGCGCUACAAGUCCAGCGUGAACGAAUGGACAGAAGUGUCACCCAUGCUGAAGGCUCGUGAAUAUCACAGCUCCUGCAUCCUGAAGGGCCAGCUGUAUGUGGUGGCUUCGGACAGCACAGAGCGUUACGAUCAGGCUCUGGACUGCUGGGAGGCCCUGCCAGCCAUGCUGCAUCCGAUGGAUAACUGCUCCACCACCGCAUGCAGCGGACGCCUGUAUGCCAUCGGCUCUCUGACCGGUGAGGACACCAUGGUCAUCCAGAGCUACGAUGCAGACACCAACCGCUGGACCAUGGUCAACUGUGGACAGCUGCCUCCGUGGUCCUUCACACCGAAAACUGUUACCCUAAAUGGCCUCAUCUACUUUGUCAGGGAUGACUCAGCUGAAGUUGAUGUUUAUAAUCCUCAAAAGAACAAGUGGGACAAAAUUAGUCCGAUGACCCAGGUCCAUGUUGGAGGCAGUGUGGCGGCCCUGGGGGCUAAAUUGUACGUGUCUGGUGGUUACGACAAUACGUUUGAGCUGUCCGAUGUCGUAGAAGCCUACGACCCGGCCACCCGCACUUGGAGUCUUGCUGGACGAUUACCUCAGCCGACCUUCUGGCAUGGCAGCGUCAGCAUUUUCCGGCAGUUCAUGCCCCUGGUGUCGAGCGCAUUCGAACCCACUGACAUACCCGAGUCAAACGGCAUUCUCCUGCACCGGCAUCACCGACACCACGCGCUCCACAAUCUCAAUAACCUCAACCAGAACCAGAAUCAGGAUCUGAACGCGGCACACUGAUCUCGAAACCUCGAAACCCCCAUUGACCAUGUUCUCCCUCAUCGUGCCCUCAGUGUACUGUGAAUUUACCUCAUCGCUUUGCUAAAGCUGUCAAAGUCAGAAAAGAAGACUGAGCUAGUCUUAGUCUGUUGACUGGACAGAAAGGCCUGGAGCCAGAUGGAUAGAUGCACACAGAUAUUUUAUUUAUCCCACAGGGGGAAAAGUCUAAGUUACAUCAGCAAUGCUAAGAAAAACAUCCAUAAGCUUCUGCAGAUUAGAGUGAAGUAAUGUUUACGCACUACAGAAAUGCAUACCUGUUAUUUUCUAUAGUCACCUGAUUGUUUUGUUCACAACUUCCAAGUCGUUUCACCACAUUCACCACCUUUUGAGAUUAUUUGCAUAUUAAUACUAGUGGCAACCCAGCUCUCGCUAAACCUCUUUGUCUCUAUCAGAAAACACUACACACAGCUGUGAAUUUAUAGCACUUACACAAUAAUGAAUUUACCUGUAAAACAUCUUGGCAGCAUUGGUCAAAUUUAAUCUCCUCCUUAUGAUUUUUGAUAUAUGCCUGGAAUCCACAUUCAUCUUUUACCAGUAUAUGUGUGAGAAAUUGUCUAUGCAUGGAUAUAUUGUAUAAACAUUUGGCUCCUUGUAUCCCCAGUGGACUGCAUUAUCCACUACACGGAUUGCAUUCUCGGGGGGCUCUGUACAAAAGCUCUAGAGAGCUGCUGGUUUUGUGGCUUAAUAACCAGGCUUGCAGUUUAUUUUGGUUAUACAAGAGAAACCACUUUGAGUUAGUGCUGAAAUAAUGAAUUUAUUAUGUAGUUGAUCGAUGGAACUGUUUUUAUAAUAGGUUAAAUGUCAAUGGUUUCAGCUUUAGCUGUGCUUUUUUGUAUUUAUAUAUUUAUUCACAUUGUAAACAUUCAGCUUUAGACUGUUUGUUGGGUAAAAUAAAUAUUUAAAGAGGUUAUCAUUCUGGUGUGCCAGAUUGUGAUGGGGGUCCUAACUACCCUUACAGCUGGAGACCAGAAAGCUCCUGUUGAGUGGUUGGCGAGAGCCAUAUACAGGUGUGAAGAAGAACUGGAUUAUGGUGCAGGGUCACUUCUAAGUUGUAUCCGUUAAAGUUCCUGCUGGUCAGUAAUGCCUUACUGGCCUUGAUCUUGGACUCACCAUUGGCUUAUACAUUUUGAGAUUAUUACCAACUGAAAGUAAAAUUCAAAUUAGAAAGAUUAAAACGGGGGAAUUUUUGCAUUGAAGGUGGGCGUUUGUCAGCUGUGGCUGUGCAUAAAAGGAAACGAUGCAAAUUCUCAACUUUAUUGCAUCAGUAAACACUUAACUGACUAGUUAAUGGUCUCAGUUCCUUGUUUUAUUUUUCUUUCAGUACAGCAUUUUCUAAAAUAUGGUUCUGUUUAUAGUAAAUUAGCUGGUAAAGCAGGGUGUCUUCGCUAAACUUGAUGUUCCAGUGGUGGUGUAUGUAAACCAGUGAGUAAGAUCAUGCUAGCUGCGUUUAUAUGUGACCUGUUGUGUUGGCACUGUAUCCAGCAUCCAUGUAUGAACUGUAGUUAUAGUGGAGAUUAUUUUCACUUGCCAAAACCACACUUAAGAAUUGAAACAGAUGUGGUGAGGUAUCAGACAGGUCCACACAGUGUGCAUCAACUUUAGCUUUUCUAUGGGAACUAUCUGCUGAUGUCAACUACACAGUGGAUGGGAGUUAUCUCCUACAGGGUGAGGUGUGUCUGCGUGUGGACAUUUCUGUGUUCAGUGUGUUACUUAUGAGUUUCUGUUGGUGUUUGUUUUGUUUUUCAUUUAUGAACAUAGAAAAGUGAAAGUUAAAAGCGAAAUCUGCUAAAUUAAAGUCAGAUCACAAAAUGUGAAUAAAACAGUUGAGAGGGUGCUGCGAGAAACACGAUUAAAUGGCAGUAACAGUUAAGCUUGAAGAAAUGAAGAAGUUUUAAAAUGAAGUAAAUCUCCAAGUAAGUGAGCUUAAUAAAACUCUGAAGCUGCUGCUCGUCUCUGCUUGAGGCCUGCAGCUCGAGGCUACAUUAGCUGCUACUGGCAGACAAUCUGCAUUAUGGGUGACGUAGGCUUGGGUGAGGAGAGGAAUAAAAACAACAUAUCUCUGGUUUUGCAGCAGUUUUGCUCUGAGUGGAUUAUUUCUUUAACAAGUAAAAGCCAAAUAUUUUAACAGAAACCACAAGAAUCUGUUUGCAUUCCAAAGUCAAAAAUUGAUAUCCAGAACUAAACAGGCAUACAGCCGUAUGGUUAAAAUGUUAAUCCUUACCCGGAGAAAUCUGUGUGCUGAGAAAUCAUCAUAGUAGAAUUUCAAGUUGGCUGCAUGUGAUGUUAACUUGCACUGAGUUGAUUCUGUUUUUAGUGAUUCUUGGGCUGCACGGCAUGUCCUCAUGACACUCUAGACUCUUAAACAGGGCUAUAUCAGCCUCUAUAACCAUGCAUGAAGUUUUUUUUUUUUAAUGUAUUUCAUUUAAUGUUUAACGUUUUAAUGUUUUCACUGUUAUACUGUUUUCUUAUUUAUGGAUAUAUUUGUGCUGUGAUUGCUUCUGAAGUUCCUGCCUAUCGGCUGCAAAAAGAUCAGUGGCUCUUCGUAAACGCUGGUGAUGAGUCGUCAGUUACAACUGGAAGUGCAAAAAAAAUCUCAGUUUGUUGUCGAGUAGGAUAUAUUUUUGCUUCGUUUGAAGUAGUAUAUUUGUGUGUUUCCAUGCUGUUGUCAUUACACCAUUGUUUUCAGUGUUCAGUCUGUGAUGUUGAACAGGUUUGUAAAUACAGUAUAUUCUUAACCUUAUUUGCUGUGUUUGUACACUGUUUCCACGGUGGCUACUAGGAAUUAAACUGCAGGCAGGUCUGACGUAGUUUAUUCUGCUGAGUCACAAUGAUUUGCUCUCAGCAAGGUUGCAGCAAAUAUUUCAGUGAAACAGUUGACAGUAGCUUCGAAAGACUGAAAUAAACACAAGCUCACUAAAACAUAAAA